GGAAGUUUGCACCGCUUCCGGUAUGGGAGCACUUCCGCCGCCGCGGGUGUAGAGACGGCGUCGCCGUCUCCAUGGCAACUAGCGCCGGCGCCAUGGCGCCCGCCGACUCGCUGCUGCGCUACAACCCGCCCGUGCUCGCCAGCCGCUCCCCGCGGGCCCAGCCGCCCAAAGGGCGCCCCUCGACGCCCGGAGAGCCGCCGCAGGAGCUCCUCAACGUCAUCCUGCCGCCGCGCAGGGAAUGGGAGGAGGAGAACCGGCGCUGGGUGCAGGAGGUGUCCAGCGCGCCCAGCACACGCGCGGAUAUCAUCCACUUGCAGGAGCAUCUGGACCGGCGGCUGCAGGAGCGGCAGGCGCGGGAGACCGGCAUCUGCCCCGUGCGCAGGGAGCUCUACCGGCAGUGCUUCGACGAACUGAUCCGCAUAACCACAAUCAACUGUGCCGAGCAAGGGCUGCUGCUGCUCCGAGUCAGGGAUGAAAUCCAGAUGACAAUCGCAGCUUAUCAGACGCUGUACGAGAGCAGCGUGGCAUUCGGCAUGCGGAAGGCGCUACAGGCUGAGCAAGGCAAUUCUGACAUGGAAAAGAGAAUUGCAGAGCUAGAAGAGGAAAAGCGGGAGCUAGAAAGACAAGUGAGUGAAGAGAAAGCUAGAUGUGAAACGAUUGAAAAACGUGGAAAUGAAAAGCAGCAGCUGGAGGAAAAGAAACACACUGAAGAGGUUCAGUUCCUGAAACGAAUGAAUCAACAGCUGAAGGCCCAACUUGAAAGCAUCACUGCAGUAAAUAAGUAGAUUUGUUUGUCGGCCAUCCUGGCAGCAAAGUCAGAGCAAGAAGUUUGCAAUUAGUGACAAGGAUUUGUCUUCAUAAAACAAUCUCGAAUGUUCACUUACCGGUAACUGAAGGCAGUGUGAUUGUAUUCCUUCUCUCUUUCUCUCUCUCUCCGAGUUGAAAUGCCAGAGCUUUAAUAACUCCUCUUUGAUGCCAUCUCAACCUUCAGCUCCUCAAGUAGUGACCCCAUCUGGCACUUCCCUGUUGUAACACAUUAGAAAACCUUCAACGCAAUGAAUUAAUAAACAUUUUUAUAUGCAAUCAUCUGUGUAACAUUAUUACUUUGAAAAUGUAAAGAAGUCAGAAGUAACAUACAAGGGGUCUACAUUCAUAGAAUCAUAGCCUUUAAGGUUGGAAAAGACCUCUAAGAUCAAGUCCAACCAAGAACCAAACCGCAGAGAAUUCCCAGGCAGGUGCCCAGAGGGCAUUUCCUUGCGUUGAUGCCAACCGUACCUCAGAGCCUCUCGUGGUAACCUGGCAUGAGCAGCUCCAGAGCUCUCCACGGGGUUAUUUCUCCUGAAAUGAAGGGGUCCAGUACCAUUCCACCAUCACAUCUGGGUGGCAGGAAAUGGAACCUCUACUGGAAGUACCUGUGUCACCCACUGGCAACACACCACAAGCCCAGGGAAAAAAGAAUUCACUGUGGUCAAAAGAAAAGCUCUACAGAGCCAGAUUCCAGACAAACACCGAACCACCGCCCAGCAACGCUUCAGGAGAUGUUUUUCCAGCGCAGUGUUUCCUGGCCGGAGAUGGUGAUGUGGAA